CACCUGGACGGAUAUGUGCAGGUCACAGGGGUUACAAUGGCUGAGCUUCAGCUCAGAGGCCUGACAUUUUUGUCUUUUUAUUUAUAAAAUAUGAAGUUAUAGGAAAAGAUUUUAAAAAAAGUGUAAGUUCCUUCGGGGAUUACUGGGGUAGGGCCGAUGUUUCUCCGGACUGCUUCAAGUGUGACCAGGGACUGCGUGAACACCUUGAAGAAAAUUGUAUAAUGAGUCCAAUACCCAGGGCCGUCUGUCUCACCAUCCUCUUCUACACAUGUGGAUGCUUCAGGACUCCGGCCUUUGAGGAUGUGGCUGUCAACCUCACCCUAGAGGAGUGGGCUUUGCUGGGUCCUUCCCAGACGAAACUCUACAGAGAUGUGAUGCGGGAAACCAUCAGGAUGCUGGCCUCUGUAGUUAAGGGAAAGAAAUGGGAAGAUGAGAACAUUGAAGAUCUGUACCAAAAUCCUGGGAGAAAUUUAAGAAAUCAUAUGGUAGAGAGACCCUGUGAAAAUAAAGAAGGUAGUCAAUGUGGAGAAGUCUUCAGCCAGAUUCCAGGUCAUAAUCUGAAUAAGAAAACACCUCCUGGAGUAAAGCCACCUGAAAACCAUGUGUGUGGAGAGGUCAGCGUAGGCUGUUCAUCCACUGAAAGGCACAUCAGAGAUCCCCUUGGAUGCAAACCCUGUGAAUAUCCAGAAUGUAGACAGAAGGCAUAUACGUGUAAGCCAUGUGGGAAUGCCUUUCAUUUUCACCACUCCUUUCAAACACAUGAAAGGCCUCUCAGUGGAGAAAACUUCUAUGAAUGUUAGGAAUUUCAGAAAACAUUCACUUCCCCCCAAAACCUUCAAAGACGUGAAAAUGCACAGUGGAGAUGGACCUUACAAAUGCAAGGUGGGUGGGAAAUCCUUUGACUCUCCCAGUUCAUUUUGAAUACAUGGAAGAUCUCAUUCUGGAGAGAAACCCAAUGCGUGUAGGCACUGUGGGAGCGCCUACAAUCAUUUCAGUUUUGUGUGUGUGUGUGGGAGGUGGGGGCAAGGUCUCACUCUUGUCAUCCAGGCUGGAGUGCAGUGGCACAAUCUCAGCUCACUGCAGCCUCUGCCUCCCAGGUUCAAGUGAUUCUCCUUCCUCAGCCUCCCAUAUAGCUGGAAUUACAAGUGUGUGUCACCACGGCUGGCUAUUUUUUGUAUUUAUGGUAGAGACGGUGUUUCACCAUGUUGGCCAGGCUGGUCUCGAACUCCUGGCCUCAAGUGAUCCGCCUGCCUUGGCCUCCCAAAGUGCUGGGUUUAUGGAUGUGAGCCACCACACUCAGCUGGGAUUCUUCUUAGCAAGAGCUGAAAGACUAGGGUAAAAGGACUCAGGGCCCCAACAAGCCUGUCUUGAAGCUCUUGUUGAUGGUAGGAGCACUCGGUGGCCAAAGCUACCCAUACAUCACAAACAUCUGGAUAGAAGUAAGAGGUCUCCCUCCCAUGCUUUGUCACUGAGUGCACACCAAGUUUCUUGGGUUAUAUAUUUGGCAUUUCUGUAAUUCCAUAGACAUAAUCGUCAAUGGUUUUCCCCAAGUGAUAUCUCCUUGGGGGCAUCCUAAUCCUUGAGCACUGGCAUACCGUUUCAGUGCCAGUCUUGUGGCCAUUUCUAGGCCUAAGUUUUCCAGUUUAAGUCCCCUCUCUGAGCCUUCUUGCUGGAAAAUGUCUUUGUGAAUCCACAUCCACCCAUGCUUUCAAAGAGUCAACAGAGAUCCCAAGCGGCUGUGAUGUGAGAUGGUGGAGGAAGCAGUGGCAGAACCCAGGUCAUGAGUGUGAGUGACCUCAGUUACUCCAAUCCCCGCAGCUACAUAACAGCUCAGCCACCCACAGACACGGUCACAAUAGUCUCACAACUGAAGAAGAUGCCAAGGUUAUAUUUCUUCUUCAGCAAUUGUUUUGUUGUGUCCCAUAAGACAGGGGUUCCCCAACCCCCAGCUGGUACCGGUCUGUGGCCUGUUAGAUCUGGGCCACACAGCAGGAGAGUGGCGGAAGGGGUGGAGUGGGGUGAGCGUUACCACUUGAGCUCCACCUCCUGUCAGAUGGAUCAAUGGUGGCACGCUGGCAUUAGAUUCCUAUAGGAGCGUGAACCCUAUUGUGAACUGUGCACAUGAGGAAUCUGGGUUGGGUGCUCCUUAUGAGAAUCUCAUUCCUGAUAUCUAUUACUGUCUCCCAUCACCCUCAGAUGGGACAGUCCAGUUGCAGGAAAACAAGCUCAGGGCUCCCACUGAUUCUACAUGAUGGUGAGUUGUAUAAUUACCUCAUUAUAUAUUACAAUGAAAUAAUAAUAGAAAUAAAGUGCACAAUAAAUGUCA